GCUACAAUUCAACUCGUGUUUUCUAGAAAGAACUUCAUCUUUCUUUUUCCUUCCGCCAGCUUCAAGAAAGAACUGGCUAUUUCUAAAUAAAGUUCCUUUCGGUUCCAUAGAUAGUAAGAAACAAAAAAUAAGAGAAAACCGAAAUCGAAACUCGACUCCCGCUCAAUUCAAUUAUCCUCACUAAGAAUUGCAAUGUCAGCAUACCGAUGGAAAAGCUUCGACGAGAACGAGGACCGCCCCUCCAAGCCUCGCCGCUACGGCGUCACCGAGAUGCGAAGCCCUCAUUACACUCUCUUCAACCACGAUGUUCUUCAGGAUAUUUUUGAAUCAAUGGGAGAGUAUGUUGAUGGUUUGAAAUUCUCUGGAGGUUCUGAUAGCCUGAUGCCGAAAGCUUUUAUCAAACAAGUCAUUGAUACGGCUCAUCAGCAUGAUGUGUAUGUUAGCACUGGCGAUUGGGCUGAGCAUAUGAUUCACAAAGGUCCAUCAGGCUUCAAAGACUAUGUAGAGGAAUGCAAGAAAUUGGGGUUUGAUACAAUUGAGCUGAAUGUGGGUUCCCUUGGAGUUCCGGAAGAAACCCUUUUAAGAUUUGUUCGCUUGGUCAAAACUGGUGGCAUGAAAGCCAAGCCUCAUUUUGAAGUUAAGUUUAAUGAGUCUGAAAUUCCCAGAGGUGGUGAUAGAGCAUACGGCGCGUAUAUUCCUCCAGCAUCUAGAUCAUUUGAAUUAGUAGAAGAUGUCGAUCUCUUGGUUAGGAGAGCUGAGAGGUGUCUAGAAGCUGGUGCUGACAUGAUAAUGAUUGAUGCCGAUGAUGUCUCCAAACAUGCUGAUAAAAUGCGCGCGGAUAUUAUUGCAAAGAUCAUAGGCCGCCUUGGUCUUGAGAAGACUAUGUUUGAAGCAUCAAAUCAGAGCGCAUCUGAAUGGUUUAUCAAACAAUAUGGACCAAAGGUGAACCUUUUCAUCGAUCACUCGCACUUGGUUGAUGUGGAGUGCAUCCGGGGACGCAACUUGGGUAGAAAUCAUGCUUCUGUCCUAGGUUCUUCAUAUUUCCUGUUCUAAAGGGAUGGAAAUUUGAUUCCCACCCUGUGGGAUUUACCUAUGGUUUAUGUAGAAAGUCUUAUGUUGUCUAUUGCAUUGGGUGUUAUAGAUGACGACUUAAAUGGAGAUUGAAAUAAAUGAAUAUAUAUUUUUCA